AUGUAUUACUCCCAAAACACCUCCCUCCCACCCCGAUACAACAUCACCACAACCUUCUGGAAACACCACUACGAAAUCACCGGCUCUCACAACCUCUACGUGGAAAACUCCCAAAUGACCCCGGGCAAACCAGACCUAACCUUCCACACAACCAACAAAGAAGGACCCAUAAUCGCCCUAUCCAAAUACAAGCAUUUCUCCUCAGACAUCGAGAUCGGACUCAGCGAUGGCCCAAACUCCACCUCCACCUCCAUGCGCUGGGACACCAUCCACCGCGACGGCUGGCGCUCAUCAAAAUACAAACUAACCGCAGAGGUCGGCGGAAGACUGGAGAAAUAUACCUGGCGCCCAACGCACAAGAUGUCUCUCACGCGAGGAGGGAGUUUGGAACUAGUUCACGAUCGAACAGGGGCCGUUGCGGCGGUCUUUGCUAGUCAUUCCGGGUUAAAGGGUUCCGACCGCGUGUUGACAUUUGAUAAUAAUGCUUGUCAUGGUGAGCGGUUCCAAUUGCUUGUCUUGAUGACUUGCAUUACAUUGGCGGAGAAAACUCGGAGAAGGAAUGAGGCUGCUGCCGCUGGUGCGGCCAGUAGUGCUAGUGCCGGUGCCAGUGCGGCGGCGGCUUAA